AUGGUGAUCCAUGUAUAUAUUGCAUCUUCCUCUGGAUCUAUUGCAAUUAAGAAGAAACAACAAGAUGUGCUUCGUUUCUUAGAAGCCAACAAAAUAAGAUUCGAAGAAAAAGAUAUUGCAACAAAUGAAGAAAAUCGGAAAUGGAUGAGAGAAAAUGUACCUGAAAACAGUCGACCAGCCACAGGACACCCCCUUCCACCUCAGAUUUUCAAUGAAAGCCAGUACUGUGGGGACUAUGAUGCCUUCUUUGAAGCCAGAGAAAAUUAUGCAGUGUAUGCCUUUUUAGGCUUGACAGCACCACCUGGUUCAAGGGAAGCAGAAGCCCAGGCAAAGCAGCAAGCCUGAGCCUUAAGCAUUCUGCCUUAAGCAUUCUGAACAUGAGUUGCCACUGCUUUUAUGAAGUAGCAGAAUUAUCUUGGCUUCAAAAGGAAUAGGCUUAAGGUUGAAAUAAUAGAUUAGUUGGUGUCUUCCCAUGCAAAGAACCAAAAUAAAUAAAUAAUCAAAAUGUGAGCAUUGUGAUGAGGAGAGUGGGAAAUGAACAUAAAAUUU